AUGUUGUUGAAGUCAGUCCUGACCUCGGGUCUCUUGGCCCUUUCUAUGGGCUCGGAGGCUGUCGAGGCGUCGACCUUUGGACGUCUUGGCAAGCUCGCCCGUGAACCCCUAGCGAGAGCCAACAGGGUUGUCCAGGCGGCACACGCCAAGGCAGUCCGUUGUACAAAGGACUUUCGCUUUUUGAGUGACAACACCCAGAAGUACCUGGUCAACCACAUGCCCGAUGUCCCCUUUGACAUCGGUGAGAUGUACUCGGGCCUGGUGCCAAUUGACGAGGAUGAUGAGUCGCGAGAGCUUUUCUUCGUUUUCCAGCCCACCAUUGGUGAGCCAGUCGACGAGGUUACCAUUUGGCUGAAUGGUGGACCGGGCUGCAGCUCCAUGGAGGGUUUCUUGCAGGAGAAUGGCCGCUUCAUCUGGCAGCCCGGCACUUUUGCCCCCGUAGAGAACCCCUAUUCCUGGGUGAACCUGACCAACAUGCUUUGGGUCGAUCAACCCGUCGGGACGGGUUUCUCCAUCGGCAAGCCGACUGCCACCACCCAGGAAGAGACGGCGCAGGACUUCAUCAAGUUCUUCAAGAACUUCGAAAAAACGUUCGGAAUUAAGAACUUCAAGAUUUACGUGACCGGUGAGAGCUACGCUGGCCGCUACGUCCCGUACAUCUCCGCCGCCAUGCUUGACGAGAAGGACAAGGAAUACUACGAUCUGCAGGGUGCAUUGACCUACGACCCCUGCAUUGGUCAGUUCGACUAUGUCCAGGAGGAGAUUCCCGUCGUGCCUUUCGUCCAGCAGAACGCGAACCUGUUCAACUUCAACGAGACAUUCAUGGCCGAUCUUGAACAGCUCCACCAGCAGUGUGGCUACGCCGACUAUAUCGACAAGUACCUGACCUUCCCACCCCCGAAGGAGCAGCCGCCCUUGUUCUUCAACUACACGUCCAUGGCUAACUGCGACCUGUUCGACCUCGUAAUCAACGAAGCCUACAGCAUCAACCCAUGCUGGGAUCUAUACGAAGUCAACCUGAAUUGUCCACUACUGUGGGAUGUCUUGGCCUUCCCUACCGCACUGGACUACGAAUCCCCAGGAUCAACCGUGUAUUUCAACCGCGCGGACGUCAAGGAGGCAAUGCACGCUCCUAACAUAACAUGGUCCGAGUGCUCAACGGAACCCGUCUACGUAGGCGGCAGCUCCGGCCCCGAACAAGAGGGCGACACCUCCGCCAACCCAAUCGAGCAUGUUCUGCCACAGGUGAUCGAAGGGACGAACCGCGUCCUCAUCGGCAACGGUGGCUACGACAUGGUCAUCAUCACCAACGGAACCCUGAUGACCAUCCAGAACAUGACCUGGAACGGCCACCUUGGAUUCCAGGAGAAACCCGAGACUCCUAUCAACAUCGAGAUCCCCGAUCUCAUGUACAAUUGGGUUUUCGAGGAGAACGGUCAGGCCGGCGUCGAUGGCCCACAGGGGAUCAUGGGCGUGCAGCACUACGAGCGUGGAUUGAUGUGGGUUGAGACAUACCAGUCGGGCCACAUGCAGCCGGAGUUCCAGCCGCGUUCCUCGUACCGCCACCUGGAAUGGCUGCUUAACCGCACUGAUCAUAUCUAA